UAGACGGCUACCAAACGCACGUCAGAGCCGGUGCUACGACGCGACGAUCAGCGAGCUACGAAAUUAUGCCGCUACGGAGCUACGACAUGUAGAUUUGUUUAAGUUACGUGUGUGCUCAAAAUUGGAGUGUUGAAUUGUGUUUAGUGUGCAACAAGGAGUUUCAGAUAAUUAAAAUGAUGUGCAAUUUAGUUUUUAUUGUUCACGUGAUUGUAUUUGUGCUAACUCCACAAGGUUCUCUCUGUCUUCGUAACGUCCACGUGGCGGUUCCUGAGGCGGUCGAACGAGGAUCGAAGGUCGAGAUGAAGUGCCUUUACGACCUGGAAAACGAAGUGUUGUACUCCGUCAAGUGGUAUCGUGGGGACAGAGAGUUUUGCCGCUACUCCCCCAGAGAUGUUCCUCCGCUUAAGAUAUUUCGUAUUCCGGGAAUCGAAGUUGACAAGGAAGGAACGGAUGCUGAACGAUUGACAAUAGAAGCAGCGACGCAAACAGCCAGCGGACGGUACACGUGCGAGGUGUCGGCAGACGCACCUUCAUUCCAAACUGCACAAGUGCAUACUCACAUGUACGUUGUUGUUCUGCCUGUGGAAGGACCGGGACUACACGGCCUGAAGCGACGUUACCGACCGGGAAACACGCUCAAAGUGGAAUGUGUCAGCUAUAACUCGUUGCCGGCAGCGAACCUGUCGUUCUUCAUAAACAGCGAACCGGCGUUGAGUCAGCAUGUUAUGCAUCGAGUGGACGGCGACACCGAGGGUGGUACUAUGUCUGCGUACAGCACUAUGCAGUUCACGGUACAGAAACAUCACUUCAUCCGAGGGAAGAUUAAGAUUCGAUGCACAGCCAACAUAUACUCUAUCUACCUGAAGAGCCUCGAAAAAAGUGCCGAAGAAGAACGGAUACGCACUACCCCAGCACCACUGCCAGAGGUUCACGAGGCCGUGGUGUAUUCCAUACAUCGCCUGCCUGAGAACAGUAAGUUUCAACGUUCCAGUAACUCAGAGACUACCGACGAAGGUGUAAACGGCACACAAUCCAGAGUGUCACCAGCGCGACUGUACGUGAUUGUACUCGUAACGCUUUUACUUCCGACCGUACUAAGAUAAUUAUGUUUGUUAUUUCGUUAGUUAGUUAUAAAAUAUACAGGGUGUAAUUGAAACCAUUCGAGAAAGUUUCAGAGCAAAUUCUAGAAAUUGCUGUAAUUGAUGGCCUAAUAAAAUUAUGUAGCCACAUGAAUAUGAACACAAUUAUAGUAUGGGUUAUACGGCAGAGAAUUUAUGCGCUGAAAUGGCUGUUAGUAGGAUAGAUUGCAAUUUAAAAAGUUAGUUGUUGGUUAAAGGAACCUAGUGGAACUUUUUCGGGUGAUCAUGAUGAAUGACUGACGUAGAUAUGGCUGCAAGGAUUAGAUUUUCAAUAAGAUGAGCGGCCAGCUUUAUCUUAAGCUCCCGUCGUUACUUAUUUACAAGAAUUUGACGUCACUGCUCGGUUGCUCUUACAUCGUAAUCAGACUGACGGUUGCGUUCUAGUGAAUCUUUUUCCCGUCCUUUAACUCAAAAUUUAUCUUUCUUUGUAAAUUAAACACACUAUGAUUUAUCGGAUUCUUCGCGUAAUUUUAAGAUUUCAUGAGUUCCUGAUAUUUUGGGGCUGUUUCAUGUGUGUGAAAAAAAUGUAUACAUUAUCAAAUCAGAGUAACUAACAUUCUUACCGAAGACUUGUUUUAUUUUAGCAGAAUCGUUGGC